AUGCCGUCCCGUUGUGAUGACUCCAUGCUGCAUGCUAUAUUGUAUGGCUUUGAUGAAGUCAAAGCUUGCGUUCCGUUCCUCGCACAUACUAGACAAGCGGUUGAUAGUCUCGUUGAUACUCGAAGUAUGGUGGUCGGAAUUUUCCCUAUUCUUUGUAGCCCGUACAAUAUCGCCGUUACCCAAUAUCAUCUCGAUCUCUUCAAUAAUGCAAUCAAAAAGUCCUUCUUUCCACCCGGUGCUCUACCCGCUAGCACCAGAGAAUCCACCUCCAAUAGUAAUCCCAGGGAACUCCAUUUCAACCAGGGGCAUAAAGCCUAG